UUGAGGUCAAGGGGAGGAGUGAAACGAAACCUCAGUCAGUUCAACAAUCUUUCUUUUCCUGUCUUAUUUUUGACCUACCGAUUUCACGUCGGGCCUCCGUCAGAACCGAAGUUUUACUACCUGACCCUAUGCCGAGUCAAUAACAGUCGACCCGACAUCCAUCGACUCGCGACGGUUUUAAGUGUCUUCUUCAAAAAUCCAUUGUAGAUUUGUGGAAUUUCGUCGACCUAUUAUACAAAUAUUCGGAUCGAUUCGCCUUUUCCUCGCGCGCUCCUCCCUCUCCGUCCAGGCUGAAAAUGUACCUCGUUACGUUGACUUGUUUUUCACCCAAUUCCUACAUAAGAAAGUGAGCAGAGAAUUUUAUGUUUGUGUUAAGUGAGCGAAAUGUCAACUUUUAGUCAACAAUGUCGCAGAGGGACCUAUCAGAGGUUGAGCCAGAAGGUACUUCUCAACUUCCACCUGCUAGUAAAGCAGUUUUUAUCGAAAAGGUCAGGCUGUCCAACCAGGCCUGCCAAGCCGGACACUAUGCUAAAGCUGUUGCUUUAUACACCGACGCUUUACAGCUUGAUCCAACAAACCAUAUUUUACAUUCAAACCGCUCAGCGGCUUAUGUAAAAAUGGGACAAUUUGCACAAGCCCUCCAAGACGCAACAAAAGCAAGAGAACUGAACCCAAACUGGCCGAAGGCAUAUUAUCGCCAAGGAGUAGCACUACAGUGUCUUGGACGUCAUGGAGAUGCGUUAGCCGUAUUUAGCUCGGGUCUAUCUCAAGAUCCGAAAUCAACCCAACUGCAAUCAGGCCUCGUCGAAGCAUCGCUAAAAUCUCCUCUUAGAGAUGCUUUGGAGCCAACAUUCAAGCAACUGCAAACUAUGCGCUUGGAUACAUGCGCUUUUGUAAUAAUAUCAGUAGUUGGCCAAGAACUUAUAGCUGCUGGACAAUAUUCUCCAGCCGUAAUUGUACUGGAAUCAGCUUUGAAAAUUGGAACCUGCAGUCUUAAGCUGCGCGGGUCGGUUUUUUCAGCACUCUCUUCUGCUUAUUGGGCCUUAAACUCUUUAGAUAAGGCGAUCAAUUACAUGCAACAAGAUCUUGCUGUCGCAAAAUCUCUUGGUGAUACAAAUGGCGAAUGUAGAGCGCAUGGGAAUUUAGGCUCGGCUUAUUUUAGUAAAGGAAGUUAUCGAGAAGCUUUGACGUCACAUCGUUACCAACUAGUUUUAGCAAUGAAAUGUAAAGACACUCAAGCAGCCGCAUCCGCUCUAACAAGUUUAGGUCAUGUUUAUACAGCGAUCGGUGAUUAUCCUAAUGCGUUAGCUUCUCAUAAACAGUGCGUGCAAUUAGUCAAACAAAUGGGUGACCGGCUGCAAGAAGCUAGGGAAAUUGGAAACGUUGGAGCUGUCUAUUUAGCAAUGGGUGAAUUUGAAAGUGCUGUGGAUUGUCACACACAGCACUUGAGAUUAGCAAGACGAUUAGGCAAUUUGGUUGAAGAAGCUCGAGCUUACAGCAACUUAGGCUCAUCCCAUCACUACAGAAGAAAUUUUGCUCAGGCCAUUAUAUAUCAUGAAAAUGUAUUAAAAAUUGCUCAAGAGCUAGGGGAUAAAGCUGUGGAAGCAAGAGCUUUUGCAGGUCUUGGUCAUGCUGCUCGCUGUGCAGGAGAUUAUAAUCAGGCUAAAAAGUGGCAUGAAAAACAACUUGAAAUGGCUCUUAGUAUGAAAGAUAGAGUUGGGGAAGGCCGAGCUUGUUCGAAUCUUGGAAUCGUCUACCAGUUGUUAGGAGAACACGAUGCUGCUUUAAAACUCCACCAAGCACAUUUGAAUAUAGCCCGAGCUUUAAAUGAUAAGGCCGGAAUGGGUCGUGCUUAUGGCAACAUAGGCAAUGCUCAUAGUGCUAUGGCAUACUAUGAGCAGGCUAUUAAAUACCAUAAACAAGAGUUGAUGAUUUCAAAAGAAGUGAAGGAUCGUAGUUCUGAGGCUUCAACUCAUGGUAAUCUCGCUGUAGCUUACCAAGCAUUAGGAGCACAUGAAAUGGCAUUGUUCCAUUAUAGAGCUCAUUUGAAUAUUGCUCGAGAAUUGAAAGACACCGCCGGGGAAGCAUGUGCUUUACUUAAUUUGGGAAAUUGCCACAGCUCUCGUGCUGAGUUUGCUCAAGCAGUGCCCUACUAUGAAAAUUAUCUGAUGCUCUCUCAGGAAUUACAUGAUGUUGAAGGGGAGGCUAAAGCAUGCCACUUCCUUGGAUAUGCACACUAUUGUUUAAAUAAUUAUAGAGAAGCAGUAAGAUACUACGAUCAAGAUCUAGCUCUAGCAAAAGAUCUUCAAGAUAAAAUGAACAUGGGCCGUGCAUAUUGCAACCUCGGAUUGGCCCAUUUUGCUUUAGGAAAUUUUGAGACUGCGCUUGAUUGCCAAAAAUACUUCUUAGCCAUAGCCCACAUGACUAAAAAUCUUUCCGGCAAAUUCAGAGCUAUUGGAAAUAUUGGUGAUGUGCUUAUGAAAAUGGGUGAUUUAGAAGAAUCAAUAAAAAUGUAUCAACGUCAGCUCACUUUUGCGCGACAAGGAAGGGAUAGAGCCUUGGAAGCGUCGGCAUAUGGAAACUUAGGCCUGGCAAACCGUUUACUAAGAUAUUUUGACAAAGCAUUAGCUUUCCAUACUCAAGAGCUAACAGUACGGCAGGAGAUGAACGAUCUGAAGGGAGAAUGCAGAGCUCAUGGAAAUUUAGGUGCAGUACAUAUGUCACUAGGAAAUUACACUAACGCUAUAAAGUGCUAUGAAGAACAGCUUGAUAGAGCCAAAGAGUUAAGGGAAAGUGUAGUUGAAGCCCAAGCUUUUGGAAACUUAGGUAUUGCUAGAUUAAAUAUGGGCCAUUAUGAAGAUGCCAUCGGGUUCCUCGAACAGCAAUUAGCCACACUGGAACAACUUUCAAUCCCUACAGCUAUCAUAGAUAAAGGGAGAGCAUUUGGAAAUUUAGGAGAUUGUUAUGAUGCGCUUGGUGAUUUGGAAGAAGCUAUAAAGUGCCAUGAACAACAUUUAGCUAUAGCCGUAAAAUUAAAAAGUUGCCGAGACUUAGAAAGAGCGUACAGAGGUCUAGGCCAUGCUAACAAGCGCCAAGGAAAUUAUGAACAAGCGUUAAUAUGUUUUGAGAAGCGGUUAGUGGUUGCCCAUGAAAUGAACAGUAUAGAAAUGAAAAUGUCCUGCUAUGGAGAACUGGGAUAUAUUUACAUGCUAUUAGGAAACGGGGAACAGGCUAUCUCAUGUCUUGAACAGCUGCUCACAAUGGCCCGGGAAGCAAAAGAUAAAGUAUCUGAGGGUGAAGCUGCUGGAGGCCUUGGACAACUAUUCCAACAAAUGAAUGAAUAUAGUAAUGCACUAAGGUAUUUGCAAUUAGAAUUGAAUAUCGCGGAAGAAGUCGGAAUACCGAUAAUGCAGAUGAGUGCACAUUCCCAUUUGGGCAGUUUGUAUGAGCAUAUGGGCAAUCUUCAAGAUGCUUUGAAACACCAUGAAAUAAAUUUAGCCAUUGUUAAUCAAAUGAAUGACAAAUCUGCAAGAGCAGUAGCGCAUUGCUCAUUAGGUCGUAUCCACCACCUUCUUGGAAACACUAGCCAAGCAAUUAUCAAUUUGAAAAAGGCACUUUAUAUUGCAGACAAUUUAGAUCUGAGACACAGGCUUAUGUCGUCAACAUGGAAUUUCAACGGUCAUGUCGAUUCUUUACAAAAUCAGUUUGAACAAGCCUCCCAUCUGUUGGAAACAAUCAGGAGAGAAUCGAGAAAUUCGAAUGAAUUUAAAUUAUCACACUUUGAUCUUCAACCAGGUUCAACUUUUGAACAAUUACAGAGUCCUAGGCUGUCAGAAAGUAGUACAAAUCCCAAUGAUAGUACUAAUGACAAUCGAAGAAGUUCAGAGUGUAUACAGGUUAAAACAGUUGUAAAAGCAAAUUCAAUUGAUAUUCAGGAGGAAACGUCAAUACCCCAGGCCCUCAGUGCUGCAUCGACCAGUUCUGCCGAGAGUCUACAGUCUCUAGAAAACGGCCCGGAGAGAUCAUCAAUUAUUCAUCAUAACAAUAGAAUUCCUGGUGCCUUUACUAGCUAUGUGAGAAGAAGAGGAGAGCCUGACGGGAGAACUGCUUGUUCAGAAACAUCAUCAAAUGUUCGUCGUCCAGGUGGUGGAGAAAGUGAUGCUGCUUUUACUCCUAGCCCUCCUGUUGCUUCUCAGAGUGUAACUGACCAACAAGUGAACCUGAAAGCUGCCCACCAGACUAGGCUAAGAAAUCUGUGUUCAUCAAUGGCAGAAACAAAGAUAGAGGUCAAUUGCCAACAAAGGAGUCCAGAUUCGUCGUGCUCGUCGAGUUCUGCCACUGAAUGGGAAGGCGGAGGGCAUGCGACAGUAUUAAGACGGCUUCCGCCUCUUCCUCCACUUUCAAGAAAACCUCCACCGCCUCCAUUCUACAACCAGUUGGUAGAAGAACUGAGUAUAUUACCUCAGCGAUCGCAAAAUGUUAUUAAUGGUGUUGGAACGAAACAUACUCCUCGCAACGGUGUGUCCAAUGACAAGCACAGUGGAGCUCAUAUGUUCGACUCACAUUUGAUCACUUCACCCAGGAUGUUGUAUUUUGCACCUGAACAAGAACAGACGUCAUCUAACGAUGGGACUACAACUUCCAUUUCCUCGGGAAUACAAGAUCAAAUUAGGGCUACUCAAAUGACUCGGCUUAAUAGAGAUUUGACGCCUACUAUAUCUGAAGUCUACCAUGAAAGAAAUAUCGGGUUAGGUUUAGCACCUCCGCUCACCAAGUUGCUUUUGCCACAAAAUGAAAUUGUCGAUUCUCAAAAUGAAAGUGAAAACAGCGAUAAAAAUAAAGCGUGGCUAUCGUCCGCAGAACUGCAGAGAUUCUAUCCGACGGAAAUUGUAGAGUCUGAAGGAAAGACGAGAAGUACUUCUCCAUGUAGUGAACUGUCAAGAAGGGAUGAAGGGGAUGGAAGGUCGAUCGCAGAUUCACAAUGCAGUGCGGGCAGUUACAAAGUUUUAAACAGGCAGAUAGCAACAAACGAAUUUGACGAUCCUGGAAGCUUUCAGAAGUUAAACAAUGAAAAUGAUGUAGCCAGGAACAAACAGACUCAAAAAGUGAGCUCUUCACAAGAAUUAAGGAUAUCAAAUGGAUAAUCCUUCUUUGUUUUAACGGGUAUUACAGCCAAAUACAGUAUUAAUAUAGGUUUAUUAUAUAGCACAGCAGUAUUAUUAUUACUCUUAACAUUUAAAUUACCUACAAUUAGUAUAAAAACAAAACAAAAAAAGUUUGUAUAAAGACUAAAAUUGAUUUAUUUUUUGGGGUAUGUUUUAUAUGAAAGUGGUUUAGUAAAUAUCACUGCCAAAUAUUGGGUGUAGCUUGCUAAACUUUAUCUACUUGAAUAUUUAUUUUAAAUGGACUUUAACUUAAUUUUUGUUUAGAAGGGGGAUAUAUGUUAUAAUUUGAUGGUGAUAACAGUAUGUCACAUUAACAUUAUUUACUGCUUAAAAAAACCUUGUUAUUAAUUAUAGGUAAAAUGAUAUAUUUGAAUCAAAAUUAGACCAUAUGUUUGUUCAUUAGUUUGUAUCAAAAUAUAUACAGACAGCUUCCUGUUGUAUGCAAUCAGUACAAAUAGAAUUUUGUACUUAAGUUGUUAAAUAAUCUAUCUAAAAACUGAAUACAGAUAAAAGUUAGAUUUUAGAAAUGUACUCUUUUGUGAUAAGUUGUGUGAGUUUUUUAACAAUCUGCAUACUUUUUGGUUUUUUCAAAGAAGUGCAUACACAAUUUUUUUUUGUAGUUUCUACACAAAUCACAAUACAUCCAUAAUAAUGUGAUAGUUUAUUUCAAUGUCAUUUUAAUUAUUUAAUCUAAUACGUUGUACGUGUAAAGUAAUUUUAAUUCAACUAUUAGCAAAUGACAUUGAUAAUGAUUCACAUGUCACAGAGGGAGAAAUGUAUGACAUUUUGGGGAUAUGGCUAUAGGGACUGGUGACAUUAACAGUGCCUUUAAAAAAAGGGGGUGUUUAUAUAUACACAGGGUUGUUAUUUAUGUAAUAUAUAUAUAAGUAAAAUUUAU